AUCUGACGUGGGUUUAUUUGUGCGAUUGACAUUUCGAAUUCCGAUGUCAAGCAGCGGUGGCAAAGAAAAUAGAUAGGUGCGGGUACAGAGAAAGAAUUACCGUAUAAUAUUUGAAGAAAUUAUGCAAUAUAUAUAAAUUACCGUGAAGAAAUGGUCGAUUAUUAUCAUGACCAUGUCGCUGUGGACGUGUCGCCUUCUGAACCACUGUUCCAAAGAAGGAAAACAAAAAGUCUAAGGAGGCAAUGGAAUCAAUUGUCGAAAUGUCAGAAGACUGUGGUCUGUACUCUGUCUGCUAUGGUAUUUUUAAUAAUAGUCUAUGUAGUGUCUUACGAGCCAGAGUCUGCCGUUAUAUCUGUAGACUUGAAUCCUAACGAGAAUGGAAAGGAUAUAUUAAAGAAUAUCAGGAAUGACCCCAGAGAUGUUGAACCCAAUUUCAACGAAGUCGUACACGAGAGUCAGGUAUUAGAGGAGCCUGCUGGGGCAGAGAUCGAUAACAGCGUCAAUAAAAACCAAGUGCUCUUGCCUCCCAAAGUAGAACAAAAAUUCACAGGCCCCACAACCAUGCGACAACAAGCCGUCAUAAAAGCGUUCAGGCACGCUUGGAAGGGAUACAAGAAGUUCGCUUGGGGACACGAUCACCUCAAACCUAUCACUGAGAGCUAUCACGAUUGGUUUGGGCUCGGGCUUACCAUCGUGGACUCUCUGGACACCAUCUUCAUCAUGGGACUUAAAGAAGAGUACACCGAGGCGAGGGACUGGGUGGAUAAGCAUCUACAUUUUGAGGUUAAUCGCGACGUUAACUUAUUUGAGGUGACGAUCAGAGUGUUGGGCGGCUUGCUUAGUAUAUAUCACUUUUCAAAGGACGAUAUGUUUCUGCAAAAAGCGACUGAUUUGGCCGACAGAUUAUUGCCUUGCUUCGAGUCGGAAUCGGGAAUUCCUUUCUCGGACAUCAACUUAUUUACGAGGAAAGCCCAUGCCCCGAAAUGGUCCCCGGAUAGUAGUACAUCGGAAGUUACUACCAUCCAGUUGGAAUUUAGGGACGUAAGUCGAGCUACGGGGGAUCCCAAAUACGAGAAUGCCGCCGAGAAAGUGUCGAGACUGGUGCACAAACUGGAGAAGAAAGACGGUCUAGUUCCUAUAUUUAUCAAUGCAAAUACCGGCCAGUUCCGAUCGUACUCGACUAUCACCUUGGGGGCCAGGGGCGACAGUUACUACGAAUAUUUACUUAAGCAGUGGAUACAGACUGGGAAGACGUUAGACUAUUUGAAAGAGGACUACAUCAUGGCCGUCGAGGGUAUCGAAAAGCACCUAGUGAAACGCACCGUUCCCAACGGUUUCCUUUUCGUGGGAGAACUGCUGGGUGGCGGGAAGGACUUCAAGCCGAAGAUGGACCACUUGACGUGCUAUUUGCCCGGCACCCUAGCCCUCGGCGUUCACUUCGGCAUGCCGAACAGUCACAUGAAGCUCGCCGAGGAAUUGCUCACCACCUGCUACCAAACUUACGCCCAGCAGCCUACGUUCCUUGCGCCGGAGAUUACUUAUUUUAAUAUACAGGGUGAGAACUCGAACGACAUGUACGUUAAAUCGAACGACGCCCACAACCUCCUGCGUCCCGAGUUCCUCGAGAGCCUGUGGUACAUGUACCAGUUCACGGGCAACGCCACCUAUCAGGAGUGGGGCUGGCGGAUCUUCCAGGGUUUCGAGAACUACACCAAAGUGUCGAACGGCUACACCUCCAUCGGCAACGUCAGGAGCACCACCGUCGUCCGUCCCAAGGAUAUGAUGGAGUCCUUCUUCCUCAGCGAGACGCUUAAGUACCUGUACUUGCUGUUCAGCGACAACCCCCGACUGCUGGACUUGGAAAAGUACGUCGUCAACUCGGAGGCCCAUCCACUGCCGAUAAACGUGAUAUGAGCUACGUAGCGUUUCAGUAUCGUCUAGUCUUUUUUCGUUGUUGGUUUAUGUAAAAACGAUGGUAAGACCUGGUGUUGCGGGGUUUGGGACGGCCUGUGGGAUUUUCUGUGGGAAAUUUUGAUAUUGAAAUUGUCGUGGGAUCCUUGACGGCGAAAUCGAUUCAUUUUUGUUCGUUUUUUCAUGCGAUCUUUUAGGUUUGGGUGCAACGGAAAACAGUAAAGUAUUCGAUUAAAAAUAACGCAAAAGCAGUCUCAAAUAGAUUUUUAAAAUUAUGUAUUGAAGAAAUAGAUUUUGUUGUACUUUUAAUGUGAAUAUUUCCAUUUUAAGCAGGUUUACAUAGUCACGAAAACUCGAAUGUUAUUCUGACCGACUAAUUCAUAUGAAAAUUAACUUUUUUGUUUGAAUCGAUCUCGGUGCGGUAUAAUACAAAUUCAAAUUCGCGGUUGUGUAAACUCUGCUUAAGCUAUGUGCAGUAGAAGAAGAAGAAGAA